AUGAGGGCAUCAGGAGAUGAGCUUCCAUCCCAUCUCACUGUCGAUACCUCCAACAUUCAAAUUCUUAACUCUGAGACCUCAAAAAGACUCGUCGAAAAUUUUGUAAUCGCUCUCAUGAACAAGGAGCGUUUCUACAUCCGCACAUUCUUUUCGACAUACAAAGCAUAUACCACUGCUGAAAGUGUGUUGUACAUCCUCCUGGACAAAUAUGGAAGCUUUGGCACCUCAGAGGCAGAAGAGAUUCCAGUAAUCGAUUCAGUGAGCACAAACAGCGGAAACAAUGAUAACAUUCCGAGCUGUGAGGAGCUUGAAAAUCCAGUGCCUACAGAGACAGUUACAGAGAUCAGAAAGUCCAAAACCUUUGAUGGCCCAAACUCUGAGAAAGAUGAAGAACCAAGUUCACCAAAAGCGACUGCAGAAAUCUCAAAUUCUGGAAAUGUUGACAGUGCAAAUGGUGAGGAAAAUGGAAGUUGUGGUUCUUCAGGAUCCAGUGAAAUAAUUGCUGAAUAUGGAAGCUUUGACACCUCAGAGGCAGAAGAGAUUCCAGUAAUCGAUUCAGUGAGCACAAACAGUGGGAACAAUGCUAACAUUCCGAGCUGUGAGGAGCUUGAAAAUCCAAUUCCUCCAGAGACAGUUGCAGAGAUCAGAAAGUCCAAAACCUUUGACAGCCCAAACUCUGAUAAAGUUGGAGAACCAAGUUCACCGAAAGCGACUGCAGAAAUUUCAAAUUCUGGAAAUGUUGACAGUGCAAAUGGUGAGGAAAAUGGAAGUUGUGGUUCUUCAGGAUCCAGCGAAAUAAUUGCUAAAAGAGAGGAAGGAACAAUCCAGAAUAAUUUUGAUUUGGAGGAGGUCCAACUUCAAAAGGAACAAGAAGGCGUUUGCAGCAAAAGCAUAGACUUCAACAGAUCAAACUUUCUAGAAGAAUAUAAUUUCAGUCCUGCAGAAAAGGAAACACUAAUGAAAAUUGCUAUACCUGAAAUUCUCGAAAUCUGGCUGGAGGAGUCUGCCGAAGACUUUCGUCAAGUUCCAACUUACUCUUCUCUCCGGAAGGUACUUUCCUACUUGAACCAGACAGUGCCGGGGUCAGAUGCUGAACAUCGGGCCCAGAAACUCCUGAGUCGGUUUUUGGCGGAGGAAACAGCGGAGAAAGAGAUGUUCAAAGGCUACCGUAGAAGAGUUAGAUUCUAUAUUGGAGAAGAACACGACCAAACCAUCGAACAAGUUGAUGAAAAGCUCCUGUCCUACCCAUCACGCUUCAUUGCAGAGCAGCUAACUUUUAUGGAUGCUGAUCUUUUUCGCAAACUUGUGCCCAGCCAAUGUUUAGGGUCCAUCUGGUCUCAACGAGGGAAGGAAGCAAAACAGCAUCUGGUAUCAACCGUCCAGGCCACCAUUACACAGUUCAAUAAUGUUACAAAAUGUGUCACCAGCACCAUAUUAAGACCUCAACAGCUGAAACCACGGCACACGGCUAAAAUCAUUGAGAAAUGGGUUGAUGUUGCCCAGGAAUGUAGGACUUUGCAGAAUUUCUCGUCAGUGCAUGCAAUUACCACGGCAUUGCAAUCGAAUAGUGUGUUCAAUUUGAAGAAGACUUGGGCAGCCGUGUCAAAGAGCAGUAAGAUAACAUUUGAAGACCUUUCAAACAAUGAAGAAGAUAACUUUAUUGCAAGUAGAGAGCUGCUGAUGGAGGAUAUCGUUCAGGGAAUUGUGCCGUACCUGGGAACUUUCUUGACAGAAUUUUCAGCGCUGGAUUCGGCUUUCCCGAAUUACCAUUCAAAUGGCUUGAUCAACUUUGACAAGAGACAAAAACUCCUCUGAACUCGAGAAACCGCCAAAGCCCAAAAAGAGUGUGUUUAAACGCCUCAGCUGCCUGUUUUCAAGGAGUGGUGUUAAAGUACACAACACUCAAACUAAAAGCUCUGAG